AUGCUCAACACACCUCACAAUGAACAACUAACACUCAACACACCUCACAAUGAACUAACACUCAACACACCUCACAAUGGACUAACACUCAACACACCUCACAAUGAACUAACACUCAACACACCUAACUAUGAACUGACACUCAACACACCUAACAAUGAACAACUGAUACUCAACACAUCUAACAAUGAACAACUAACACUCAACACCCCUCACAAUGAACUAACACUCAACACACCUCACAAUGGACUAACACUCAACACACCUCACAAUGAACUAACACUCAACACACCUCACAAUGAACUAACACUCAACACACCUCACAAUGAACUAACACUUAACACAUCUAACAAUGAACUAACACUCAACACAUCUAACAAUGGACUAACACGCAACACACCUCACAAUGAACUAACACUCAACACACCUCACAAUGAACUUACACUCAACACACCUCACAAUGAACUAACAGUCAACCCACCUCACAAUGAACUAACACUCAACACACCUCACAAUGAACUAACACUCAACACACCUCACAAUGAACUAACACUCAACACAUCUAACAAUGAACUAACACUCAACACACCUCACAAUGAACUAACACUCAACACACCUCACAAUGGACAACUAACACUCAACACAUCUAACAAUGAACUAACACUCAACACACCUCACAAUGAACUAACACUCAACACACCUAACAAUGAACUAACACUCAACACACCUCACAAUGGACAACUAACACUCAACACAUCUAACAAUGGACAAACACUCAACACACCUCACCAUGAACAACUGACACUCACACACAUAACAAUGGACAACUAA